UAAAUUGACUGUUUGAAAUAGAAAAUAAUAUUAUUAUGUAAUUCCAGGGUGUUUAUAUUUACGUUUGUAAUUGGUAUUAUUAAUCAAGUCGUCAGAAAAAUAAAAAUUUUCAUUUGGAAAUCGACAAAAUUUAUGUUGAAUUUUUAUAUUUAUAACCAUAAAAAUGAAACGUAGUGUAAUUCGCUGCACGUCAAGCUCAUCAAGUGAUUCACUUAGUUCGGACACGGAUUCUUCAUUGCCAUCAAAAGUAAGUCAAUCCCAACCCCGUCUUGUGGAACGUAAUCCUCAACCGAAUGGAGUGUGUUUAGUUAAUCCUAAACGUUCAGGGAAGCCACAAAGUCAGGAUAUUGUAGCUUUAGCAAAAGAAAUUAAAGACGCAAAUGCACUUAUAUCAGCUGUGACAUGUGGAAAAUUAAAAUUGAUUUCCGAUCAAAUAAAGCGACUGCAAGAGGAAGCUAUGGAAAUUAUCGAAGAGGGCUUACAAAAUUUAGAUUUACAUAAAGUAUCAUGCAACUUUAUUAAGAUUCCAGGUGCAGUUUAUCAUUUAUAUCAAAGAGAUUCAGGACAAAAAUAUUUCAGUAUGCUGUCACCAAAGGAUUGGAAUUCUACCCCACCACAUGAAUAUCUUGGAAGUUAUAAAUUAAAUUAUGAUCGAUCUUGGUCUGAAAUGAGUGAUUCUAAACAAAUAAGUCCAACUACACAUUAUUUUAUGCAAGAAUUUAGCGGUUUAGACCAGAAACAAUCAAGUGCAGAUUCAAUGAUUAGUGAAAGUGAAAUGGACGCAGAAUCUACAGAUUUUCAAAUGUGUAUACCAGAGGAUAAAUAUCGUCCAAAAAGUAGCUCCCAUAGUCGUAAAGCUUGUCGAAUAAUGAAAAAUGUACUUCGAUCAAGCGAAUAUGUAUGAUUUCCAAAUGUGUAGUUAAAUUUUUAUUUUUUUGCUUACAAUAAAAGAUUUAUUUAGUAUAA